CUUGGGUUCACAUUGACAUGUCUGAGAAGGAAAGUUUAGAGGAAAUCAUUGAUUCUCAUCCUGCUCCUCCAGCAAAGGAACCAGCCAGCAAUGACGCUUUCCAGGCAUUAGGCUUAUUCACUACUUACCUGGAUGAAAGACUAAAAAGUCUCCGUGAAGAUAUACGAGAUGAGCAGGUCCUAUCUGCUAAUUCUUUCAAACGGUUGAAAAAGGAAAGAGAGGUAAAGUUCAAGUUUAAUGGUAACCAGAAGCAAUUUGAGUUUAACACAGAAGUGCUUGACGAACUUGAACUAGCAGAGAAAGCUGUUCAUAAAAGUGACGCAAACUCUACUUUGUUAAGCCUGUCGAAAAUCAAGACUCUUAUUCAUAAAAGAAACAAACUCAUUCGUAUUGCUGACAAAUCUUCCUGUGGUUGGGAUACCGUGAAGGAGUAUGAAAGUGACGAGCUCGCAAGUGAUUCCGAAGAUGAAAAGAAAAUCCGUCAGGCGGAAUUUCGGGCACAACGCAAAAAACGAGUCCAAAAGAAAUCUACUCCAGCAGCCGCGACUGGUGGACCCCCCGGGAAACUGUAUGGCUCUCAAAGUAUUGGCGGUAAUCAUUCUGGUGCUUUUCGUGGCUCCCCUCAGUUUCACCAGCAUUCCAGGUUUCAUCGCGGAGGGACCUGGCCUCAGUUCGGCGGUAGGGGGCGUGGCAGCCCCGCCCCCACAGACUUGUGCCAUGCCUGUGGAGGAGUUGGACAUUGGAGAGCAAAUUGCCCAAAGAUCACGGAUUCAGCCGGAAAAUGAAGACAAUUCAGAUAUUUUCUCGAAUGGUAUUUGGAAGGAGCGUUCCUUAAUAAAAGACGGUAGUCUACGUAGUCUGGCUUCUGACCUACACGACUUCGUGCUAAAAUCAAGGGCAGAUUCUACCAGUAAAGUUUACCAAAGGCGAUUUAAAAAGUGGGUUGAAUGGUGCAGCCUUUACCCAGAGAUCACCCCUAUUCCAGCCAAGGAAUUCCAUGUUGCGUUGUAUUUAAAACAGAUCGCAGAGUCUUCAAAAAGUUCUACUGCGAUUGAUCAAGUAUUUUAUGCUAUCGGUUGGGCCCACGAUUUGGCAGGAUUGCAUAACCCUUGUAAAUCAGCGUUCGUCAAUCACGUGAGAGAAGCUGCCCGCAGGCAAUUAAAGACAUCCGUUAUUAAAAAAGAACCGCUUACUCCAGAACAUUUGAAAAGCUUAGUCUCGAAUUUUGCGGGUCAUAGAGCGAAUUUGAGUGAUUUAAGGCUUGUAACAUUGUGCCUGUUAGGAUAUUCUGCAUUUUUACGUUUUUCGGAAAUUUGUAAUAUUAGAAGAUCAGACUUAAUGUUUUUCGAGUCGCACAUGAAUAUAAACAUACCAAAGAGUAAAACGGACAUUUACAGAGAGGGUAACACAGUUUCAAUAGCUAAGCUAGAUUCCCAAUGUUGUCCUGUUUCUAUGACACUUAGGUAUUUGCAGCUUGCUGAAAUUCCUCACGAUUCUUCCGAAUUUAUAUUCAGAUCUUUGUCAUUUUGUCCAAAAUCGAACUCCUAUAAAUUAAGAGGUACUUCACCGUUAUCAUACACUAGGGCCAGGGAGGUGUUACUUGAAAAACUGUCAAGCAUAGGACUUGACCCUUCAAAAUUUUGUCUACAUAGUUUGAGGUCUGGCGGUGCGUCGGCUGCGGCUAAUUGUGGGGUAUCUGACAGAUUAUUCAAAGCGCAUGGUCGAUGGAGGUCAGAAACUGCCAAAGAUGGCUAUGUGAAAGACAAGCUUGAGUCAAAAUUAUUUGUAUCAAAGAAUUUGGGUUUGUAACUUGAUGUUAGUUCUUACAAAGUUCUAUGUACAUUUUAAGGGAUUACAUGGUAAUAAACAUGUUAACAGUG